GCCUGGAACUUUUCAUGUAAAUCUACGGAGAAAGUGGACCUGCAGUUCAAAAGGGCUUGGAGCUGCGAGGCAGAAGGGAUGUACACAGAGCUCAGAAGCCUGGCAAACCACGCAUUCUACAGCAGUAUGUGCUUGUGCUGAUCUGAAAGGACUGGCAAUGCACCUACACUAAAAAAAAAACCAAAACAAAAUAAACAACUUAAUUUGCUACAUAUAUAUUUUUUAACAUUUGUAGAAUUUUUUUUUUUUUUUUGGUUUAGCUUUGCCUGCGGGGUCGACAGGCAUUGCAAACUUCCCAUAACUUUUUGUUUGUUUGUUUUGUUUAGUUUUUUUUUAUUUUUCUAUUUUGUUUUUCUCUUUAAGCCUUUUUGCUUCUCAAACUGGUGCUGGAGUCCGAGAGUGCUUGAGAGUUUCUGACCACUGAACCCGUGUGAUUUACACUGGGGGUCCAGAGACACAAGUGAGAUGACACAUUUUACACAAGCACUAUAUGCAGCUCAGCCAGGGCAACCAGGAAUUUAAAGGGAACCUGAAGGAAGACAUAUCUGGCUAGCUCAAGAAGAACACAACGCACCCCCUCCGUCCAGCUCACACCAUGAAGGUACCAGUGACGACCAUCCUUUUCCUGCUCUUCGCUGACCUCGCAGCCCUGACUGGCAAAGCCAAGGAGUUUGACAGCAGUGAUGAGAGAAUGGAGGCGGAAUUUAUUUCCACUAACAGAUACAGGAGAGACACAGACUCUCAGCAGGAGAGCAAAUGCUCUUACACUUUCAUUGUGCCGCAGCAGAAAGUGACGGGGGCCAUCUGCGUGAACUCCAAAGAGCCGGACGCGAUCCUGGAAAACCGGGUGAGCAAGCAGGAGCUGGGGCUGCUGAACAGCGAGCUCCUCAAGCAGAAGAGACAGAUCGAGACUCUGCAGCAGCUAGUGGAGGUGGACGGGGGCAUCGUCAACGAGGUCAAGCUGCUCCGGAAGGAGAGCCGCAACAUGAACUCCAGGGUUACCCAGCUGUACAUGCAGCUGCUCCACGAGAUCAUCAGGAAACGGGACAACGCGCUGGAGCUUUCCCAGCUGGAGAACAAGAUCCUGAACCAGACCACGGAGAUGCUGCAGCUCACCAACCGAUACAAGGACCUGGAGCACAAAUACCAGCACCUGGCUUCCUUGGCCAACAACCAGUCAGUGCUGAUCUCUCAGCUUGAGGAGCACUGCCAGAGAACACCCAUCCGACCCAUACCUCAACCUCCCCCCUCGCAGCCCAAGACCCCCCCGCAGCCCAAGACCCCCCCGCAGCCCAAGACCCCCCCGCAGCCCAAGAACCCCUACCAGCCCCCCACCUACACCCGCAUCACCAACCAGAUCACCAACGAGAUCCAGGGAGACCAGAACCUGAAGGACCGGGACGAAGCGCUGCCACCCCCCCUUCCCACCAUGCCCACCAUAACCGUCAGCCCGUCUUCUACGAACAAGCCCUCCGGGCCGUGGAAGGACUGUUUACAGGCACUGGAGGACGGCCAUGACACCAGCGGCAUGUACCUGGUGAAGCCAGAGAACGCGAACCGGCUCAUGCAGGUGUGGUGUGACCAGAGACACGACCCGGGCGGGUGGAUAGUCAUCCAGAGGAGACAGGAUGGCGCUGUCAACUUCUUCAGGAACUGGGAGACUUACAAACAAGGGUUCGGGAACAUCGACGGAGAGUACUGGUUGGGUCUGGAGAACAUUUACUGGCUGACGAACCAGGGCAACUACAAGCUGCUCAUCACGCUGGAGGACUGGUCCGGGCGCAAGGUCUUCGCAGAGUACGCCAGCUUCAGGCUGGAGCCGGAGUCCGAGCACUACAAGCUGCGGCUGGGGCGCUACCAUGGCAACGCCGGAGACUCCUUGACCUGGCACAACGGGAAGCAGUUCACAACGCUGGACCGAGACCACGACGUGUACACUGGUAACUGUGCUCAUUACCAGAAGGGGGGCUGGUGGUACAAUGCCUGCGCUCAUUCCAACCUGAACGGGGUGUGGUACCGCGGGGGGCACUAUCGCAGCCGCUACCAGGACGGGGUUUACUGGGCCGAGUUCAGAGGAGGGUCUUACUCGCUGAAGAAAGUCAUCAUGAUGAUCCGACCCAACCCAAACACCUUCCACUAAAAAAAAAAAAAAAAAGGAACAAGUGUUUUUUUUUUUUUUAAUGUUUGUUCAUUUGCCACCAGCCAAAAAAAGUGCAAUUCUUGUAUUUGUGUAUAUUGUCUCUACAUUAUAAAACAAAUUUGUUUCUACUGGUUUACGUGCCAGUCAAGUGCAAUUGUUGGCAGAGGUUGUAAAAAAAAAAGGACAACUGACCGGUUUAAUUUAAAUUUCCCAGAACAAAACCUGGUUUGUUAAACUGCCGAUCUCUCAGCAGUUCAGCAGCAUUCCCAUUCAAAAAUAAACAGGAGAGCGCUGGGGAAGCUACUGGUCAGCUCCAUUACUGGGUGCUACUGGGAAACUGCGGAAACCAUUUGAAACCAGGUCUGUCUUCCUACUGAACUCUGCUGAAUGUUUCAUGGGGGGGU